AUAGGAGACUGCAGCUUGUUUGAAAGUGAAGUAAAAAAAUUAUUGUAAACAUUUGCUGUUAUCAGUUUAUGGUUUGGUGGCUGGCCCAAAAACCUGUUCAAGUAAUUUAAUUUGAGACAAGGAGGACGUUUUUGAAUCUGUCAGAGUUGUAACUUUUGGUUUGAGAGCACUCACCAACCAGGCCAACAUUAGUUGCAUCCUCUCUUGACUAAUUACACUCAAACGACUAUGGCAAAAGGAAAAAGCUUCAAAACUUUCCACAUUCUUUCUCCCUUAUAUAUCUUCCAGUCCCACCAAUUUCUCCUCACUCGAUCUAUCCAUUGAUUCAAGAAAAGAAAUCACAGCAACAAAAGAAUGGCGUAUUGCCCUUCCCUGAUCAGUCUGCAAUGUUCCAUGGUUUUGAUUUGUGUCUCCAUUUUCAGCUCUACCAUUUUUGCAAGUACUGACCCUCCCUUGACAUUGGAUUACUACAGAUCAACAUGUCCGACUGUGUUUGAGAUUGUGAAGAAAGAAAUGGAGUGCCAAGUACUCUCUGAUCCUCGCAAUGCAGCAUUCAUCGUUCGAUUACAUUUCCACGAUUGUUUUGUUCAGGGUUGUGAUGGGUCAAUUUUGCUUGAUGAUACAAUAAGCUUACAAGGAGAAAAGAAAGCUUUAGCAAACGUAAACUCUCUACAAGGUUAUGGAAUCAUUGACAGGAUUAAGAACAAGCUUGAAUCUGAGUGUCCCGGAAUUGUUUCCUGCGCUGAUAUCCUCACCAUUGCUGCCAGAGAUGCUGUGAUUCUGGUUGGUGGACCUGACUGGGAUGUACCAGUGGGAAGAAAGGAUUCAACAACAGCUAGCUAUGAUCUAGCUAGUGAAAACCUUCCUUCUGCUAAUGAGGAUCUUCUCAGUAUCAUAUCCAAAUUUCUAUAUCAAGGUCUCUCAGUGACUGAUAUGGUGGCUCUUGCUGGGGCUCAUACCAUUGGCAUGGCACGUUGUGAGAAUUUUCGCGCUAGAAUUUAUGGAGACUUUGAAGCAACUUCAGGGACGAAUCCAUUAUCCGAGUCAUAUCUUAGCAACUUGAAAUCCAUUUGCCCUGCAACUGGAUCAGGAGACAAUAACAUAACAGCAAUGGACUAUGUUACACCAAAUCUUUUCGACAAUUCCUUUUACCAUGUACUGCUGAGAGGGGAAGGAUUGCUUAACUCAGACCAAGAAAUGUACUCCAGCAUUUUCGGAAUCGAAACGAAAAAACUUGUCCAGAGAUAUGCAGAGGACCCUGUUGCUUUCUUCAAUCAGUUCUCAGAUUCAAUGGUGAAAAUGGGAAACAUUGCGAAUUCGGAUAGCUUUGUCACUGGUGAAGUAAGGAAGAAUUGCAGAUUUGUCAACACUUGAAGAGCUGCAAAAACACCAGUAUUUGUUAAUGAAUUAUAUUGUAGAAUUGUUUGUUUGU